CUAGGGGCAGGGCGGGCGCCCUCCGGUUCUCCCGCGGUCUCGCAUUCCGCACGCUUCAAAAGCGCACGUCCUUCGCAGUGGUCUCCUUUUUCUUGGUUCCGGGCGUCUUGACCCCACCGUGCUGCCAAAAUGUCGCUCUCUAACAAGCUGACUUUGGACAAGCUGGAGGUGAAGGGGAAGCGGGUCGUGAUGAGGGUGGACUUCAAUGUUCCUAUGAAGAAUAACCAGAUAACAAAUAACCAAAGGAUCAAGGCUGCUGUUCCAAGCAUCAAAUUCUGCUUGGACAAUGGAGCUAAGUCGGUUGUUCUUAUGAGCCACCUAGGCCGUCCUGAUGGUGUUCCCAUGCCCGACAAGUACUCAUUAGAGCCAGUGGCUGCAGAACUCAAAUCUCUUCUGGGCAAGGAUGUUCUGUUCCUGAAGGAUUGUGUGGGCCCAGAAGUAGAGAAUGCCUGCGCCAACCCAACAGCUGGGACUGUCAUCCUGCUAGAGAACCUUCGCUUUCAUGUAGAGGAAGAAGGGAAGGGAAAAGAUGCUUCUGGGAACAAGAUUAAAGCCGAGCCAGCCAAAAUUGAUGCUUUUCGAGCCUCACUGUCCAAAUUAGGAGAUGUCUAUGUCAAUGAUGCUUUUGGGACUGCACACCGAGCCCACAGCUCCAUGGUGGGUGUGAAUCUGCCACAGAAGGCUGGUGGAUUUUUGAUGAAGAAGGAGCUGAACUACUUUGCCAAGGCUUUGGAGAAUCCAGAGCGACCCUUCCUGGCUAUCUUGGGAGGAGCUAAAGUUGCUGACAAGAUUCAGCUGAUCAAUAAUAUGCUGGACAAAGUCAAUGAGAUGAUCAUUGGUGGUGGGAUGGCUUUUACCUUCCUUAAGGUGCUCAACAAUAUGGAGAUUGGCACAUCUCUGUAUGAUGAAGAAGGAGCCAAGAUUGUCAAAGAUCUCAUGUCCAAAGCUGAGAAAAAUGGUGUGAAGAUUACUUUGCCUGUUGACUUUGUCACUGCUGACAAAUUUGAUGAGAAUGCCAAGACUGGCCAAGCUACUAUUGCCUCUGGUAUACCUGCUGGCUGGAUGGGCUUGGACUGUGGUCCUGAGAGCAGCAAGAAAUAUGCUGAGGCUGUGGCUCGAGCUAAGCAGAUUGUUUGGAAUGGACCUGUUGGGGUCUUUGAAUGGGAAGCUUUUGCCAAGGGAACCAAGUCCCUCAUGGAUGAAGUGGUAAAAGCUACUUCUAGAGGUUGCAUCACUAUCAUAGGUGGUGGAGACACUGCCACUUGCUGUGCCAAAUGGAACACAGAAGAUAAGGUCAGCCAUGUGAGCACUGGAGGUGGUGCCAGUCUAGAGCUCCUGGAAGGUAAAGUCCUUCCUGGGGUGGAUGCUCUCAGCAAUGUUUAGUAUUUAUCUGCCUUUUGGUGUCUGUGCACAGCCCCUAAGUCAACUUAGUGUUUUCUGCAUCUCCAUUUGGAGUUGGCCAGCACCAGGAACCCUUAAACAGUUGCACAGCAUCUCAGCUCAUCUUUGCCGCAUCAGGAUUUGUCUACAUUCUUCAAGAUCCCAUUUAAAUUCCUUAGUGACUAAAACCAUUGUGCAUUCUAGAGUGCAUCUAUUUAUAUUCUGCCUGUAAAAGGAAGUGAGCUGUGAAAGCUUAGUUCUCUUUGCAGCCUCUGGCUAGUGUUGUCACUGUUCAUGACUCAGCAUGGAAAUAUGUUGAAAUUCCAGCUGUAGGAGAAGUUGAACAAUUGAACAAUAAAGAUGUCCACUAAAACUGGA